UUGCACGAUUUAGUUACGCUUCUUGGUCUAUUUAAAAUAGUAACAGAAGAUUUGAGUGCUGAGAAAUAUGUCACAGCUAGCUUAGUAAUACCAUUAACAAAUUUAUUAAAACAAGAAAUCAAACAAACUAAAAUAUCUACAGCUAUUGGUUUGUCAGUACUAAAUGAUUUAUUGAAGGGUAUUGAAGAUAGAUUAGUACCUUUACAAGAAAACCUUAUUUUGGCCAAAGCAACUAUCUUAGAUCCCCGCUUUAAAAAGUUACAUGUCAUGUCAGCAAUGGCCGCUGCUAAUGCAAUAACAGAUCUAUCAAAAGAAAUAAUUUCAGAACACAAAAUAAGAGGGAAUCGUUCACCUACAGUUGGUGUUUCUCCACGUGUAGAAAAAGAAACAACUUCAUUGUUAUGGGACAGACAUGAAGAUAUGCUCUUGAAAAAUAUGUUCAAUGCUAGUGAAGUUUUUGGUAAAAGUUUUAGUGCAAUCCCUGCUGAAUUAAAACAGUGUUUAGAUCAGCCAAAUAUUUUAAGGUCAUCAAAUGCACUAAAAUUUUGGAUAGAUAGUAGACAUUUUACUCCUGUUUUAUCAGAAAUAGCUGCUAAAUAUUUGAUUUCAUCUGCUACAUCUGUAGCAUCUGAACGAAUUGCUUCUACAAUCAAUCUUUUAGUGCCUAAUAAUUGUAGCAGCCAAAUAGCUGAACAUAAAAAACGAGUGUUUUUGAAAACUCUUACUGAGAAAUAUUGGUAUGCAUAG